UGGGGAAAGCAGAGCUGCCAGAGAGGGAGCUUUUUCAAGUUGUGUCCGUGCCCAGGAAUGUGUUUGAACAGAGUCCCAUGGGGCACAGGCUGCUGAGUGCCCUGCUCAGCCUGGCAGGAGCGAGUAACAGAGGCAGGGCUGGAUUCUGUACCGUGGGAUUGGCACAUCGGUCUCAGCGGGUGAUAUGUGCCUGGGGCAGAGGUAAAACUCCACACAGAGCUAAGUUAGAAUCUGAGCUCUCUGUUGCCCAGACACAGGAAUGGCAGGAGCACAGGAGAAGGAUGCAGGGGGGGUCUCUGCCUAGCAUGGUUUGUGCUGGUAGGGCAGCACAGUGGGGGAAGUUUGCUGAAUCAGUGACUUUUCUGGGCUGGAAGGAAAAUGAUUCCUGACCCCUGCCAGCACUUCAUGCAGAUCCAGGAUGCGGUUCCCAGAAAUGUCCCUACAUAUAUUAGCAAAAAGGCAACUGCGUAUCUUGCUGCAAGAAAGCAUGGCGACUGAUGCAGCACUGAGCUGUGAACCUGGGGUAAUGGAUCUCCUGAAGGGAAUGCUGUGAAGCACAACACCAAGGAGCUUAAUUUGCUGACUGCCAGGAAGCAGGUUGUUCUUCCUGUCUCCAGGGAAGCUUGCAGACAAGCCCCAGCACUGGAAGCAGACAGAAUACCAGCCGCAGGGCCGGGAUCAUGUAGUGCAGUGCAGCCCACCUCGUUACAGCGUCCUAAUUGCAGGAACAGCGAGCUGGGAAAACUACAGUUCCCAUCACCCUUUUGUGCAUGUCCCUGUGAAACUACAUUUCCCAGAACCUUUUAAUGAGCCAAAGAGGAUGUCUAUGGAAAUAAAUGCCGACGAUUUUUGCAUAACACUCUGCACCUCCGGAGUGCUGGCCUGCCUUUGACUUGUGAAAACGGGAACAGAGGAAAAGCCAGGAGGUGUCAGCGUUGUGGAGUUGUGGUUUUGCCUACUCCUAAUAGCCGCAGUGAUAUCCUCCACCAUAGAGCAUCAUUCCUCCUCUCAGGACUCCCUUGGUGGUCACAGGGAAGAUCCUGUUCCCCAAGAAACACGGCUGCUGCGGAGGGAGAGGCAGAUAAACUACAGAUCCCGGCAUUCUCCGACAGGCAGCACCUGCGGCAGUCCCUGCACGCCGUGGGGGAGGUGGGGGUGAGGAUGAGGAUGGAGGGCAGGGAGGAGAUGCAGGGCGCCGUGGGGCUACGCUGCACCUGGGACAUCCCGCCACCCGCUGGCACCCAGGCCAAGUGGGUGAGGCUCAAUGUGGGGGGCACCGUCUUCCUCACCACCAGGCAGACUCUGUGUCGGGAGCAGAAAUCUUUCCUCUGUCGCUUGUGCCAGGGCGAGGAGCUGCAGUCGGACCGGGAUGAGACUGGUGCAUACCUAAUAGACCGGGACCCCACUUACUUUGGACCCAUCCUGAAUUUCCUCCGUCAUGGGAAGCUGGUCCUGGAUAAAGAUAUGGCUGAAGAGGGGAUCUUAGAAGAAGCUGAGUUCUAUAACAUUGGUCCUUUGAUCCGAAUAAUCAAGGAUCGAAUGGAGGAGAAGGACUACACAGUCACUCAGGUGCCUCCUAAGCAUGUCUACCGUGUGCUACAGUGCCAGGAAGAGGAGCUCACUCAGAUGGUUUCCACUAUGUCAGAUGGAUGGCGCUUUGAACAGCUUGUGAACAUUGGCUCGUCCUAUAAUUAUGGGAAUGAGGAUCAGACAGAGUUCUUGUGUGUGGUCUCCAAAGAGUUGUACAACUCCCCCAGUGCCCUGAGCUCUGAGCCGAGCCACAAAGCCAAGAGCACAGAGGAGGACCUGGAGGAGGAAGAGCAGGAGGUGGAGGAGGAGGCAGAGGCAGAGGCAGAAGCAGAAGCAGAGGAGAAAGACUGUCCAUCUAUUCGGGAUUGCGCUAAACUCUCUUCCUGCGGACCCUCCCUUCUGCUCCCCUCCGUGUCCAUCCCAGCACUGUCAUCUACCUCCCACAUUGCCCCACUCGCCAGCCUCCAGCAUCCUUCCCUCUGCUCUCUUUGUCCCCCAGGGCUCAGAGUGGUCUCUGCCCAGGGCCCUGUCUCUCUCUGCUCCUCACUUUUCCUCCUCUGCAGCUGUUACAAGCCAGAGAUCUGAGGAUGUGAUCCCAACACUCCAGCCUUUUCAUUUCUUGUUUAUAUCUUUAUUUUUGUACUGCAGUGUAUGGCAGCCCCUUGCCCCACAGUGAUGCCCUGCAGCCCCCUUCACUCUUCACGUGCAGCCAUUUUUUUUUUUACAAACUCACCUCAGAGGCCUGAGCCUCCAGCCCUGGAGAAGGGCAGAUGCUCCAUGGAGGCCCUGGGCUGCUGUAGGAGCUGGAGCCCAUGGCCCCCUCCUAUGCCUGGCAGUUUGGCUUUCCUUAGUGUCACAGUGGCCCCUGGUGGGGACAUCAGCAAUCAGCCACUGCAGCCUGCGGUCCCUUCCUGAGCACCUUGGAUGCAAAUGGGAACCCGAGGUGGUGACAACUGCAGAAGGACCAGUUCUUGCCCUUUUGCUGUUGCAGGCAGUUGGUCUGGGCUUGUGGCCAGAGGGUAAAUACAGAGCCACAGUCUUUUUCUGGGCCACCCG